AUGGACUCGUACUCGUCGUACAGGGAUUCUGGCCGCUCCCCGAACGUGGACCGACCGCCUCGCGCCCGCGAUGGUUCCCGAGGCAGAGACGAUCGUUCCGAUGGCUUCUACCGCAACAGAUCACCUGGCAACGAACGACGCGAUCGCCGUCGCUCGCGCUCCCCUGUCGAUAGAUAUGAACCUCGUUCCCGUCGAGAUGACCGUGACAGAGACGAUCGAAGACGCGGGGUCUCUCCUCCGUCCAACAUUGAUCGCUAUAUUCCAAGUCAGGACAGCGCGCCGCCUGGGGCUCUCGUCAACCCGGUACCGAAUCCUUCUCAACUUCCUUACCAAGUGGGGUUCUCUUUCUUUAGUGAAUGGUGGCGCAUGAAUGAAAAGGUCAAAGACGAUAGAGAGCGCGCCCGUACUGGGCGCCGAAGAGAACCUGAACGCCCUCGCGGUACCCGCGAAUCGCAGGAGGAACGGGAGAAGGAAAAGGCGCAAAUACAGGCCGCAUACGAUGUGUACAAGGAAGAGCUCCAAGCCAAGAUGGCUCGCGCCUUUGUUAGUGAGCACAAGAAGGAACAGUGGUUCAAGGAACGCUAUGUGCCCGACAUUCGAGAUGGCUUCAGAGCAAAACUCAAUGAAGUCAGACGGGGUGCGUACAGCCAAUGGGAGCAAGAUUUGGAGUCCGGGACUUUCGAUGAAUUUUCUCUGGAGGGUAUUCCCAAAAGCGAGAGCAACGGCACAGGAGGCGUAGUCGAAAAGGAGGAGGGCGAAGCGACCGCUACCAAUGAAAUUCUUGGUGUCAGCGAUCUUGUCCCCACCAACGGCGCGGAUAUUCGCGAUGAGAACCAAUUUCAGCCAACUCUUCUCAUCAAGACGAUUGCACCUCAUGUCAGUCGCCAAAACUUGGAGGAGUUCUGCAAGGAGCACCUUGGAGAGGAAGAAGGUGGUUUCAAGUGGCUGUCGUUGUCAGACCCUAACCCAAGCAAGAGAUAUCAUCGUAUCGGUUGGGUGAUGCUUCACCCGUCUUCUGAGUCGGCCAUGCCAAUUGAUCGGGCGGACCCCAAAGACGCCGAGGAUGGUGAGGCCGCUGCCACGCCUCCCCCUGCCUCUACGGCCGAGAAGGCUUUAGAAGCUGUCAACGGCAAGACUGUGAAGGAUGAGGUGAGAGGCGAUUUUGUAUGCCAUGUUGGUGUGCAUAAUCCACCUGGCAAUCCACGAAAGAAGGCUCUCUGGGAUUUGUUUUCUGCUCCUGAGCGUAUUGAUAAGGAUUUACUACUUGUACAGAGACUUGUGAACAAGUACGAGGAGGACUUUGGCUCAGAUUUUCAGGCCAUCAUCAAAAUCGAAGAAAAGGUUGAAAACCUCAGGAACUCGGAGCAGCUGAAGCCUGCAAUUCCUCCUGCGCCACGCAAGAAGGCCACAAAGCCCAAGGAAGUGUCGAUGGAUGAGGCCAUGGACGGUGAGGAAGAGGAGGGCAUGGCUGUGGAAGAUGAUGAAGAUGAGGGUGUCGCGGAUGAAGAUGAAGUGGACGAUGAAGAUAUGCUGGUCAAGAAGAAGCAACUUGACCUGCUCAUCGAGUACCUGCGACGUGUCUUCAACUUCUGCUUCUUCUGUGUCUUUGAGAGUGACUCUAUUCACGAGCUCACACGCAAGUGCCCUGGUGGUCAUCUGCGUCGCCCUCGUAGUACUCUUUCUAGCUCGGCUAGAGAGGUUGCGAAAGCUAGUGCUGAUGGCAGCCCCUUCCCUGAGAAGAAGCGUGCAGAAGGUGAUGAGGAUCUCGACGUGGAUGCUCUGGAGAAUGACAAGAAAUUCCGCAAUACGUCGAGCAAGACCGAGCAGCAGUUCAUGCGAGCUUUUAACUGGGUCAGGACGUUUGAGGACAAGGUUCAACAAAUUUUAGAGCCGCAAUCCUCAGAUCUUCGCAAGUUGGGGGGACGUCCAGUGGAAGAGGCUGUCGAGACUGAACUCAUGAAGCACGUCAAGCAGGAAGAUGAGCACAAAUGGCGAUGCAAAGUUCCAGAGUGCAGCAAGUUGUUUAAGGAAGAGCAUUUCUGGAAGAAGCAUGUCGAAAAGAGGCAUUCCGAAUGGCUUGAAGCGCUCAAGGACGAAUUCGAACUGAUAAAUGCAUAUGUCCUCGAUCCCUCACAUAUUGCGCCGUCUCGCACUGACGCAAACUCAAACGGGCAUUUCCCCCAACCCAACGGUAAUUCUGCAGCCGGAACACCCCGUGGCUUCAGUCUGCAGAAUUUCUCGUCCAACCCAAUGAUGGUGCCAGGCUUCGCAGCCGGCGGCGUCCCCGGUGGCUUUCCAGGCAUGCACGGCAACGGGUGGAAUGGAAUGGACCACGACCGUGCCGGUGGCCCAAUUCGACGAGGAGGCAUGUCCAACCGGGGUCAGUAUCGCACUGGUCCCUAUGACCGCCGUGGUGGUCGCUUCGAUGGCGGCCGAGGCAGAAUGGGUGGCUCUCGCUGGGGCGACGGUGCCGGGGCCGGUGCUGGUGGGCCACGGGAGGCUGUCCAGGGACGAAGCUUGAAGAGCUAUGAGGACCUCGACCAGGUCUCUGGUAACGGCAGUGGUGAGCUGAACUACUAA